AUAGAAAUUUUCAUGGUGCGAAAAGGAGAUUUACGUUUAAGAAUACGUACCGUUGUAGAAGAUAUUUUGAAGAAAAUUUGACGAAAUUUGGUACGAAACUAUAAGCACUCAUUAUAAAUAAAGUGUAAUCAAUGUUAUAAAUAUGUAAAAUGUAAAUUGAAACCGAAUUAUUAUCAAAGAAGUGAUCACUAACUGCAACCAGAUAGCACCAACACCAACGCUAGACAACGGAUAGAAAGGUGUUAUAAGUAAGAUAAGCAAGAGGAAAGGGUGGAAAGGUGUUGGUGCACGGGAAAAUUUCAGCGAGGAAAGGGCAGCACCAACAGCAGUUCACAAAAUUUCGGCCAGGCAUAUAUAUUUCCCUAUAAUCGUGUGCGGCAUUAACGCCGUUUAGCCCACCGCCUCAAAACGGAAUCAAAAUCAGGAUGUCCGCGUUAUUAAAGGAACUGGAAAUCUUUGAGCUUCGUCCACUAAUUACUAAUUUGAAUUGCAAAUUAUCCACGGUCAGCGAGUACGAUGUGCGCAAACAACUGCUGUGUCUCGUCUCAGAGGAAAAUGACAUUGUGCUGCGCUAUACGAGCGAAGGUGGACAGGAAGUGCUAAAAUUGAUUUCUUGGUUUCGACGCACCAAUCGAGUAAUACAUGACGUCUGUUUUGAUCCCUCCGGAACGUGGCUUUUAGUGCUAUGUUUCGACAACACACUGCACAUUGUACCAGCCCUAGCUGUGGUGGACAAAACUUUCAUGGAGCCAACGAAUUCAACGCACCCGCCGCAACAGCCAUACAGCACAAUACAAAUUACCUCGUACAUCAUCCCAUUUGUGGGACCGCAUGAGUGUCCCAACUCAAAAAAGUGUCCUAAUCAGGCGACACCCUUCGAAACAACCGCAAAACUACUGCCUCCAUCAUCACCUGCGCCUCCAACGGAUAACGCAACACACGAAAGCCAAGACCAGCAAAAGAACGUAGCGGACACCGAGCAGCCCGUAGAGGGUGAAAAACUUUCAAAUUCUCGUGAAAGUGUCGUGCAGGCGUCACAAUUAUUAGUGGAAGUUGAGGUGAAUAUUGAACCAAAACUGGCAGCCGAUGCGAAUCUAGAAGCUUAUAGCCAUGAUGUGCCCGCCAGUAUGCUUGCACCCACCGCACCACCAAACGUCAGCGAAGAUAAGACGGGCAAUGCUCAAGUCAUGGCUGCUUCCUUCAUGGCAUCGGUUACUUGCCCUUAUCCCUUGGCGGUUGUUUGGUGGCAAACUAUUGACGGCGUGAAUCGUGCUGUUAUCGGCUAUUCGGAUGGUUCCAUAUGCUUUGUGGGUUUAAGUCCAAAUUGCCCUUUUGUCGCGAGCACCGCAAUUGAGACGGGCUCUGUGGUGAAGUUACUCAUAUGCAAGGAUAGCUCUUUCGACAGCGUCAUUUUGCUGAUUACUUCAUCUUUAAAGCAGCAAUUCAAAUUACUGCUGGAACAAAAGGCCAUUAAAUACAUUUAUCCCGGCGAGCUAUCACCGAACACAGUACACGGCCGCGAUAGUGAUUGGCAAAUUGUUAUGCCUCUAAAGACCCAAAGUAACUGCUCUGAUCCAGCUUCGGACAACAGUCAACUGGAUGAGGAUGUUUUCUUGAGAAACGACGAGACCCCCAGCACUUCAGCCACGGCAACAACAACUAGUGCAACACAGCCGCAAGCGAGUCACUCACUACGACGUUCGGUCUUUAUUCCUGGUACACAUACGCAAAUGCCCAAAACAGCAAUACCACCACCGCCACCACCGUACACUGUAGCUAUCAAUCGUCAAUUAGACACGGCGUCCACGACAAACAUAUCAGCGUUAGGUGGCAACAAUGCUGGUACAACGAACAGCAGCGCAAUCCACAGUAUUUGUUCAACUACAAGCACUGGCAAUGCGAGCUCUUCGUCGGGUGUGCGUUUCACCCAACAACAGCUGCCCGAUCUGGACGAUGUGAAUGCACGUGCUGGCAUUUUGCCAGCGGCGCGCGCACGUCUAGCCUCAUUGAAGAGCCUGGGCACAAAGAAGCUAAAUGCCAUCAAAAUGCGCCUCUCUGAUAAUCGGCAAAAACUCGAAGACUACAUGCCUGAAAAUACUCUUGGCAACUUUGCUAUCAUGGACUCACCGUCGCUCACACCCGAGGUACUUAACAACUCCAUUGGUUCCUUUUACACCAUUCAGAAUCUGCGUAGCACCUACCUGCUAAGCGCGCUACAUAGUCAUACCAACAGUCUGACCGUGCACAACAUUGAUAUUAGUUUGAAGCCUCUAUUUUUAUAUAAAAUCCCGAAGAAUUGUUUUGAUAUUCUGAUUAGCUCAAAUUUGCUCUACACCAUACAAUAUGUUGAUAUAAACGGCGAUAAUUCAAAAACGGCCUCAACGCAGAAUAUCGAAAAGAAUACGGAGAAAAAUACAGAGAAGGAGAAUCGCGACACAGAUGUUGAGAAAGAGGAAAAUUAUGCUGAAAAAGUGUUGAAUGUGACGGAUUUUAGCGAAGAUAAUGACACACUACUCAGCGACAUCAACAUAGAAGCAGCGGACAGUGCCGAUACGAGCGCAGAUACGAGUGCGACCACAAGUGGGACAUCCAGCAGCGACAGCCUGUCGCCAUCUAAUGCGGUGAAUGCAGUGGGCGUGAUCAGCAGUGCCAUGGCGUCUUUGCGUACUGGCGAGGAGGAUCGCUUUAACGUCGCCUCGCAGUUGACCAUCUUUCGCUUUGAAAAUGAAACCGUGCUUAAUCUCUAUCAAAUGGCCACCUAUCGCUCUAGCGAUCUUAGUGAAGCCAUAUCGAAGGAGGACAAGGCCAAAGCAUUCGAUUUCAAGGACAUCCGCUCGCCAAUGGAUUACGUGCAAUUCUAUGAGAACGCCGAUGUCAAAGAGGAGUACUCAUUGCGUCAAAUGGAAAUUAUGAAGCAUGAAUUCCCCAAAAUCAAUUACGAUCCUUGCUAUGUGGUCACCAACAAAAAUGUCUACUAUAUACAACUAAAAAAGGAGCCGUUCGCCAUCUUCCUAGACUCCGCUUUGGCCGGUGAAUGGACACAAUGUCGUGAAUUCUGUAACACUUUUGAUCUUGCCUUCGAAGCGUGCAUAGAGUUUGCGGGUGAUUAUCUGUUGCGUCGCAAAAAGGUUACCCAGGCACUGGUCACAUACAAUUCAGCUCGCAUCAAACCUAUCCGCACAGCUCUCAAGUUGGCCAUGUUCGGCCAGACAUGUGCGCUCAUGCAUCUCUGUGCUAUGGCAUUGAAGACGACAUACCUGCUCAAGUCGAAAUAUUUUUGUAGCCCCAUAAUAAAAAGCAUACUGAAGGAUAUUACAUAUCGUCAUUCGGAGGAUGUGCGCACAAUACUGCCAUUCUCUGCAAGCACAAAUUCAAUAGAUGUGGUGAAUGAGGGGCAGUCGGCAAGUGACUACACCUAUGGCGUCGAUGAUUCGCUUAGUAAUUUACAAAUGUCACCAUCGUCACAAUUUCAUUUGGCCAAUUUGUUGUUGAUAACAUUGGCGGAGCGUGCCGUGAAUGAUAAGAAUUAUUUGCCGCUGUGGAAUUUUCUGGUUACCAAUACGAAAUACCACACAAACAUGACAAGCAUAGUUUUGUGCCAAAGUGGGCUCUUCUCUUCUGCGCUGAUAUUGGCAAAGAUGCGGGGCGUUUGCAUAGACACAUUUUUGGCGCUGACCAGCGUUGUUGGGCAAGAAUUCGGUAAAUAUCGUAAAGACUGUUUGCAAGAAAGGAACAAUAACUGUUUUACAUUAGGCUGGUACACAGAGAUGAAUGUGUGUUUAUAUAAUUUGAGCGAGCCAAUGUUUGCGGAAACGAUCACCUAUUUGCCGCAAGUGUCCGUGGACUUUUUUGGCUUCAUACAAGAGAAACUACCGAACAUCAGACAUUGUGUACUUAAGCGUUUGGAACACCAACUAAAUCCCUUCUCAGCUGUGCUUCGUCCAAUUGUUUCGCACAUAUCCUCCGGUCACCUAGAGCUCAACAUAAAUGACAAUAAAACAUUUUUAUUUGAUUUUUGUAAAAAUCUCAUCGAGACGUAUUUAGCCGUACUCAUUCAUAUGGAAUCUCAACGUUCGAAGAGCGAGCACAUAACAAACGCUUUAUCUACAUUUCGUAUAACCUACGAGGACAAUCAAUUUGCAAUCGAAACGUCACGCUUCAAACCAAUUUCCGCUGGUUGUGCACACUGCGCUUGUGUUGUGGAUGGCAUUGCCUAUUUUUGGGGUUCGAAUGGAGUGCCUUGUAAUUAUAGCGUUAGCAAGUCUUCCGAUCCGCCAGAGCCAGCGCACGCUGUCAAAAGUUUGGAUUUGCUGUCACAACUGAACUUGGAAGUUCAUACUGUGAAAUGCGGACGACAACAUACUUUAGUAUUAACGAACAAUGGGUUGUAUACCUUUGGCAACAAUAAUCUGCUGCAAUUGGGCAUUGGACGCGACAUGCAAGUGUCAUUGCAGCCAGUGCUGGUGCGUGCUUUCGAUGGCAAAAAUAUAACAAUCAUAGAAGCGGGGCAAUAUCAUAAUGCUGCUGUGGCCGAUGGACUGCUCUAUACCUGGGGCUGGGGCAUUUAUGGUCAACUGGGUCAUGGAAAUUGUGAGAGUGUGCCGGAACCGAAAGUAGUUGCUUUCUUCAAAUCAAAGAAAAUACUCCAAGUAUCUUUGGGGCACGCGCACAGUUUAGUUCUUUGUCAGACACCGAACAACGCGAAUGCCACCGAUUUGUUUGUGUUUGGUUCCAAUCAUUUUGGCCAGUUGGGGAUUGGUACGGGUUCCGCGAGCCAAGAAGGACCGAUCAACAUUUCUGCCGACGAUGAAAUGAAUUGCACUAGUCAAGUAAAGAGUUUGGUGCCUUUAAAGCUGUUCGUGUGCGCCGAAAGAAUAAGACUGAUACAUACCAAAUUUUUUUCUAACUUAGCUGUCGAUGAGAAUGGACGCAUGUAUACGUGGGGCUCGUCGCCACAAGCACUACGCCUAGCCAAUCAGAUAAAGCGUCGUGCGAAUGCUAAGCAGAAAAUGGAGGAACAUCAACGACGUGAAAUAAGUAAACGUUUCGAAGCUACAUUGACCAGUGAUACUACAAGCGCGCCUUCUAUUGCCACGUCCACGUCCAAAAGCGCUUAUGCGGAGGCACCCGAGUCGAUUGCCACUGAAAUUGCCACCAGCAUACUUGCGGAUGUUGUGGACAAAACGGUACCACCUACUGCUCAGGCUGAGACGACUAACGAAACCACUGCGGCGGUGUCCAGCGUAGAUGCAGCGAUUGCAACCAAAGAGCCAGAGCUGGUCGAAGUCUUGGCACCAAGUGUUGAGCAAGAGGAGGUUGACGAACUGAAGGAGGCAGAUAUGAAAGAAAUUAUAGUUGAAGAAACUACUGCUGCGGCAGGUGAAAUCACAAUACAGUUGGUGGGCGAUGUGGUUGAGGAGUUGGUCGAAAAAAUUAAACCCAUGGUGGCACAACCACUCAAAUCUUCAAAGCCCUUGGCGCAAGAGCCAGAUGAGGUUGCAGCAAAAGCAGAAGACACCCAACAACAGUCAGCCGUGACGACAGCAACGGCGACGGUUGCUGAGGUCGAUCCAUCCGAGCAUAUGACGCCGCAUUUGGUGGACACAACCGAGGUGGCUGGUCAAAUACUACAAAUUUCAAGCGGGCUCUUCCACUUUGCCUUGAUCUCAUCCACUUGUACCCUGUACACUUGGGGCAAGAAUUUGGAGCAUCAGCUGGGCACAGGAGAUAAGGAGCGUCGCGCCGUCAGCAAACCAUCGCCCGUGGACUGUGUGGAUCAUCCGAUGUACGUCGAUUGCGGCGCAGACUUUACGCUUGUCAUGACCACCGAGUAUAUGGUCAAGGCGUUCGGUGGCAAUUCAAACGGACAGUGCGGUCGUGAUCUUGGUCCGGCCAUUGAUAAGAUGAAGCAGCGUGUCAUCUGUUUGCCCACCACGAAGCGACUGAUGCGUCUCGAAAGUCAGUGUGUUGACGUGCCCGUCGAAAUAAAUUUGCCACGCCCACGCAUACGCUUGGAAUCAGAGCCUGUGCGUUAUUUGAAAAGCAUACCCAAGUAUCAGCCUCAGUUUAUGCAAGAGGCCGGCAUAAGUUUCGAUGACGCGGCGCACUUCGAACGUCCGUCACCCUCGAAUCAAUACAAGUCUACAACACAAGCGGACAGUAGUGAGAAUGUGGCCACCGGUCAAGACUCCGACGAUUUGAUCUCAAGCUUAGAGAAUUUAAGUAACAAUGAAGCGAACGAUGGCUGUUCAUUGAAUUUUUCGUUGCUGCCUUCAUCGGGCGCAGCGGCCGUGGUGCCAGCAGCUGCAACUGUACCGGCGGACGAUGCGCAACACAGUGCCGCUGUUGACGAUAUAACCCCCGAUGAGCAGAGCUACGUGCGUUUACCCGUCACAGACAACUCGGAUGCCAGUGGGGCAUUGCUGGGCCAGCAGAAUGCGGAAGAAUGUCCACUGGUGCUAGCAACAAAGUUGGAAGCGAAAGGCGACCACACCCCACACGAAGCAGGCUCACAGAGCACGCUCACAUCGAAUGCGCCUGUCGAGGGUGAGGUGACUUUGGAGGAGGAGGAGGAGGAUGUAAAUUUGCAACAGCUGCGCCAGUACAUACACUAUUGCCUGUACGUGUUCCACGGCCUAUACAAUCCCGACAAAGUGUGUGACUUCUCGAAAGAUCGUCUGGAGUAUCGCAUACGGACGCUUAUGUUGAAUUUCAAAUUUGUGGAUGCGUUCGUGUUGUGUUUGCAAAACUGCAAUAGCGCCAGUAAAGCGCUGAAGAUUUUCGCAUACUUCUCGAAGGAUACCGGAUCGGUGCCGAUGCGCCGUCAGGAUGUGAAGUACUUAAUUUACUAUUUGAUGAAACACUUCUUGGCGCAAAAAUUCGAUAUGCUCGAAUGUGAACGUUUCUUUAUGGGCGAUCUCGAUUACUAUUUGCUCGAAUUGUCGUAUGUAUUGUUCUUCAACAACAACAACACCAUGCUAGAGCAGAGUUUCAAUGAGAAAUUCAAAAGCUAUUUUGCCCACGAGGAGGCGCAGCUAAAUCAAAAUCAAAAUGAUGCUGAAGAGGCGCAACACAAGCUACGGGAUACGGAUGUGAUAUUCGAUAGCCUAAGCGUUAAGUUCAAAACGAUCGUUUGCCAGAGGCUGAUGCAGCACUGCAACAAUUAGUUGCUGGUGCUUAGCACCAUUAGUUUAACUUGUUUUUAAUUUAUUAAUUGAUUCGUGAUAUGAGUUGUUUUUUUUUAGUUCAUUUGGCGUUUUUUAUUGUAUUUAAAUUUACAUCUAACUUAUAUAUAUUUGUGUUAACGAGAAAAUGUAAUAUACAUAUACAUAUAUAGUCAUUUAUACCUCAUA